AUGGGGACAUACUCUUCUUGGCGGAGGCCAGUGACAGGACAAGGGGUAGUGGGUACAACUGGAACACCAGAAGUUCCAUCUCGACGUGAGGAAGAACUUCCUUCCUCGUUUGAAGCAAUGCUGGUGAUAGCUGUAGGUGAUAUCAAGGUACGGUUACGGUUGGACGGGACCUCUGAAGAUCAGGUAGGGGUUUCCCUGUGCAAGCAUGGUGACCUAGAGCAUAUUGCCCAGGACCACAUCCAGGUGGCUUUUGAAUAUGAUGAAUAUAUUGAAGAGGAGUGGACUGGUAAUGAUCCAUGCAUCGACGAAAAAGCUCAUCAAAAGUUUAUUGAACUUUAUCCUAAAGUGUUCUACAAAGAGAAGACUGURUUGCCAAGAAUUCCUGAAGCACAUCUCAAAAGGAUACCAAAACCAGUCAAUGAAAAUCAAACAGUGGAUGAAAAAUAUCAUGACAUUGGUAGCUACCUUAAGAAGAUCAGGGGUAUCCCCAGAAAUGAGCAAGAAUCUCUUCAGAAAAGGGAGCAUGUCGACAUGUUAAUAAGAAUACUCAAUAAAGUACCUAUUCUAAGAACUGCAAGAGAGCAUAAGAUAGUGUAUAGAAUGAUGAAACUUAUUCCUGACAUAAAUGUUCAGCUUUCUGACGCAGAACUGAAAGAGCUCAGCAUGAGUACCAUCAAGGAACACUGGGAAAAAGGAAGCACAGUGGUUGGAAAUCAAGGUUUCUAUGCAAUACUGAAAGGCUCUGUUAGACCUCAAGGAAGACUUUACAAAAGAAUGCUGGGAGAAAACUUUGAUUCCUGGGCAAUGGAGACAUCUCCUGAACCUUCUCAUGGAUCUUCAAGUGAUUUAUCUGAUCAGGAACUGCUUGUCAAAGGAAGUUGUUUUGGAACUCUGGAAACUCUCCCAUCAAAACUGCAGAAAAUCCAGUUAUCUAUCAUCACAGAAGAAGACUGUGAAAUUCUUAAAAUUCCAUGUUCAGAAUAUCUGAGAGUCAGAGAGGAUGUUGCUAAGAGGGAACGAAGUGAUAAAGAAGAACUAAUUCGGAGCUGCUCAUAUUAUCAUGCCUGGCCACAGCUGUACAUACUCCAGUUAGCACCUCAUUUACAAUGGAGACAGUUUCCUGCAGGCCAUGAGCUAGUAAAAGCAGGUGAAAUAAGUUCAUUCAUAGGAUUUAUUAGUUCUGGAUUCUGCAAUAUUUACAGAGAAGUCAAAGCACUUGUGGAGUUGCCACAAAGGAAAAGGGUUAGAAGAAACAAAAAGGUUUGUAUGGGACAGCUGCACAGGAAUGACUCAUUUGGGGAAGUGAGCAUCCUCCUGCAGGUUCCUUUUACCUGCACCAUCGUCACUGCAACAGCUGUCAAACUGGGCAUCAUCGAUGCUGCUGCUGUGCUAGAUGGAUGCCUCAACAUUAAAGCAAACCAAGAGUAA